AUAUUAUCGAAAUAAAUCGUGUUGACAAUUAACACAUUAGAUUAGUUACAAAUGUCACAAACGCCAUAUAUAACACUAAAGUCCUGGCAUUCUUGAAUCAGUCUGGAACGAUGGCUUCUAAAAGUUUAAUCCUUGCAUUAAUCACGGUUCAGUUAAUUGCUGGGACAUGGGCUGCAAAACGUGUAGACGCACACCUUAGGGCAAGAGAGACUAUGAAAAGACGUAGGAGCCAGGAAGAGGUUCUGCAAAGACGAGACGAAACUCCGCUAGACACAACAGAGCUAUUUCAGCUCUCUGAAGGUGAAUCUCUCAUUGAUGUUUUGGAAACAAACGAUGUUGUUGGAACGACAGUGGAACGUCUUGAAGAAACUUACAAAGGUAUACCAGUUUAUGAUGCAGUCGUGACUGUUCGUAAAACCAAAGGUGGGCAGUUAACUGGCGAUGCUUCAGGAACUCUGAUACAAAACAUAGACGAAGACUUGUCAGAUACAAAAGCAAAACUCACUGACAGAGAAACCCUUCUUAUAGCUGUUGAAGCCGAGGGUGAUGAUAUAGAAGAUGUUGUUAAUGAAAAGUACAGCAGGACAGUGUACAUUGACAAGAAGGAUAAAGCAAGAUUAGCCAAUAUUGUCAGCUAUCUAGUAGACGGUGUUAAACGUCCUUUCUCCAUUAUUGAUGCUAACAGUGGAGACAUGUUAGAGCAUUGGCAAGGUCUCAACACAUAUCCAUGUUGUACGAGAAACUAUAAAGCCUGGGGUGGAAAUGUCAAGGAAGGGCGAAUUACAUAUGGUGAUAUGCCUCAUUGCCUCAGUCCUACCAUCGACAACGGCACUUGUUAUCUAGAAAACAAGUAUGUCCGUGUUGUGGAUAUGCAGAACUCUUUUAAUGAGACCAUCACUGAAACCGCUAGUUUUCCAUGUGAAAUGGGGUAUGGUGAUGAAGUGAACGGUGCUUAUUCGCCGGCAAUUGAUGCUUUCUUCUACGGGACAGUCGUUGGCAAGAUGUUUGAAGAAUGGUUUGGGUCUACUGCUCUGAAAAGUAGGGUUGUCCUCAGAGUUCAUUUUGGAGACAUGUUUCAAAAUGCAUUCUGGAACGGUGAAAAUACAACCUUUGGUGAUGGUGGAUUUAUGAUGUAUCCGCUUACGUCUUUAGAUGUUGUGAGUCACGAGGUAGGUCAUGGCGUGACAGAACAAGGAUCUAAUCUUGAAUACAGAGGUGAACCAGGUGGAAUAAAUGAAGCAUUUUCCGAUAUUAUGGGUGAAGCUGCAGAGGACUAUCUACUAAAUUCCGAUUAUGUCACUGGUUAUUCCAUAAUGAAAGAUUUACCCUACAUGCGAGAAUUCGAGAGACCCGAAAAUGACAAUAGGUCUAUUGGUCAUGUUGACGAUAUGAACGAGCAUGAAGAUCCUCAUUUUAGUAGUGGUGUUUAUCGACGAAUUUGGUGGGUCCUUACAAAGGAUGCGGGAAUGUCUAUUCGAGACGCAGCAACUGUAUUUCUCCACGCUAACAGAAUGUAUUGGCACAGCACGGCAUCAUUUUACGACUGUUCAUGUGGCACUCUCAAAGCAGCACUUGAUCUUGGGCAUGACACUGCUCCAUUUAGGAUGGCCUUCAAAGACGUUGGGAUUGAAGACUGCGACGUCGAUAACCACGUGUUCGGGUUGAACAACAAUGACACGCAGAGGGGCGUUUUAGUCAGCGGUACUGUUAAUCCAGUUUUCAAAAUGGAGACACCAGAAUGGGCCGAUUCUGUGAUUGUUGAUGUUACAACAAGUGCGGAAAAGAGAGAUAUCAACAUAUACAGUGGUGCGGAAAUCCUCAUUACCGUCAUGACAAACGGCUGGGAACUCUCCGACGAUGAAUGUGAAAGUGCUGUUGUGGUUGCUGAAGGUAUCAACCAUGUUGUGGUACCAGAUGCUGCUGACCAAGAAUAUUUCUUCAAAUUGUCAGUGACAAACGACACUUUAAUACUGCCUGAGGUCUACAAUCAUACCUCGUUCAAUUCAACCGGUCCUGUCUACCUAAAUGAAGAGUACAUGGUUGAUCUUACGGUCGGUUACACUUGCCAGCAGAACUUUACCACGGAUUAUAUGGGAACAUGGAUGUACAGCAGGGACUGUGGAAUCGAGUUAGGCUUCUGAAAACGAUAUAGUUAGUAUAAAAUUGAUGCAUGAACCACGGGUGCUUGACACCCGUAUUCGUUACAUAUGUCGUACAUUGUUCAUAAGUGUGUAAUAUUUUCUUAGGCUAUGCUAAACAAUUAUGUUUUUGUCAAUCAAUACUGCAAAGAAAAAACUUUAAUGUUA